AUGGGGGUGGGUUCGGACAAUGCCUUGUGCGAACAGCUCAAGUUCACUGGGUCUAUCCGAGUUGGCGUUGGCAUUAGCAUUGGCAGAGGCACAGCCAAACUCACUGGCAGACUUGCGGCUGGAAGCUGCAUCUCAACGCUCCUCAACACCGCCCACCAGCGCCGUCCUCUUCACAUUUGGUCGUCUGGUCUUCUGCCAUCACCGCGCCAGUCAUCAGCUGUAUCACCUCGCACUCGUCUCGCCCGAGCUUUCACGGCAACAUCCUCCGCCUCAUCAUCGACCUCGGACCAGGUACCACAGUCAAUCACCGUCGAGUCCUCCUCAGAACCUUCCAAGAUGAACGGUACAAAUACCUCGCCUCGCGCGAAGCGCAAGCCCUCCCCUUUCGAUGCACUCGCAACCGGCCGGCCACCGAAGCACCAUCGCCACUCCUUGAACGGCAAGCAGUCUGCCGGCGACAACACGCCCGACAUCGAAGCUGCGGACCUCGACAUGCACGACCACGAAUUCAUCGAGGAAGCUGCUCUGCAGACCCUCCCUGCCCUGGGUCCCGACACCGCCGAGUGGCAGUUGACCAUCGAGAACGUCGUCCGAAAUGUCGUCUCCAUCCGCUUCUGCCAGACUUGCUCGUUUGACACCGACCCAGCUCUGAAUUCAGAGGCAACUGGCUUUGUGGUGGACGCCGAGAGAGGUUAUAUUCUUACAAAUAGACAUGUCGUCGGUGCAGGGCCCUUCUGGGGAUACUGUAUCUUCGACAACCAUGAGGAGGUCGACGCCUACCCAGUCUACCGAGACCCAGUCCAUGAUUUUGGUAUUCUUAAGUUCGACCCCAAGGCUAUCAAAUAUAUGCCCGUAAAAGCCCUGACUUUACGGCCCGAUCUGGCUAAAGUUGGUAUCGAGAUUCGCGUCGUUGGUAACGAUGCCGGUGAAAAGCUGAGCAUCCUUUCUGGCGUGAUCAGCCGUUUGGACCGCAACGCACCCGAGUACGGCGAAGGUUAUAGUGAUUUCAAUACUUCAUAUUAUCAAGCUAGUGCUGCUGCCAGUGGAGGUUCUUCUGGCAGUCCAGUCGUCAACCUUGAUGGCUGUGCCGUCGCUCUGCAGGCCGGUGGAAGGGCGGACGGCGCGUCUACCGAUUACUUCCUGCCUCUGGAUCGUCCACUGAGAGCUCUGAAGUGUCUCCAAGAGGGAAAACCCAUUACCAGAGGUGACAUCCAGUGCCAGUUCCUGCUGAAGCCUUUCGAUGAGUGCAGGCGACUAGGUCUCUCCUCCGAAUGGGAGGCACAGAUGAGGAAGCAGUUCCCCAGAGAGACCAACAUGCUGGUUGCUGAAAUCGUUCUUCCUGAGGGCCCAUCUCACGGCAAGAUCGAGGAAGGCGAUGUCCUCGUCAAGGUAAAUGACGAGCUGAUAACUUCAUUCGUACGGCUUGAUGACAUCUUGGACUCGAGCGUCGGCAGCAGCGUUAAACUGCUUCUUCAAAGGGGCGGAGAUGAUGUCGAGGUAGAAAUCGGGGUCGGUGAUCUGCACGGAAUCACUCCCGAUCGCUUCGUUUCUGUCGCUGGCGGCAGCUUCCACACAUUAUCCUAUCAGCAAGCCAGACUGUAUGGUGUGGCAUGCAAAGGAGUUUAUAUCUGCGAGGCAACAGGCUCUUUCCGCUUCGAUAACAGCGAUAACGGUUGGAUACUCCAGACUCUGGAUCACAAGAAAGUACCAGACUUGGAGACUUUCAUCGAAGUCGCCAAAGGUAUACCCGACAAAUCCCGCGUUGUCGUGACAUACAAACACCUGAGGGACCUACACACGCUUAACACGACCAUCAUAUACGUCGACAGGCACUGGUCCUCAAAGAUGAAGCUCGCAGUGCGGAAUGACGAGAGCGGAGUAUGGGAUUUCACUGAUCUGGCUGACCCGAUUCCGGCCGUGCCACCUGUUCCGCGCAAGGCCUCCUUCAUUCAGCUGGAGCAUACAUCUCAUCCAGCCGUGGCCGAGCUCGUGAAGAGCUUUGUGCAUGUCAACUGCACGAUGCCAGUCAAGUUGGACGGCUUUCCGAAGAACCGAAAAUGGGGCAUGGGCUUAGUGGUUGACGCAGACAAGGGGCUAGUAGUCAUCUCGCGGGCCAUUGUGCCUUACGACUUGUGCGAUAUAAGCAUCACCAUCGCGGACUCCAUUGUUGUCGAGGGGAAGGUCGUCUUUCUUCAUCCUUUGCAAAAUUACGCCAUCGUGCAAUACGACCCUAAACUCGUUGACGCUCCCGUCCAGAGCGCGAGGCUCUCAACCGAGGAAAUCACGCAGGGCGCGUCAACCUACUUCAUCGGAUAUAACAGGAUUGGACGCGUUGUCCAUGCGGCCACAACCGUCACCGAGAUCUUCGCUGUUGCCAUUCCGGCCAACUCUGGGGCACCUCGGUAUAGGGCUGUGAACGUGGAUGCUAUUACAGUCGACACGAGCUUGAGCCAGCAAUGCGGGAGCGGUGUCUUAGUUGCGCCGGACGGCACUGUACAGGCGCUCUGGCUGACGUAUCUCGGAGAGCGCUCUCCCUCAACCCAUAGAGACGAGGAGUAUCAUCUCGGCCUUGCCACGCCAACACUGCUCCCGGUGGUAUCGCAGAUUUCGCAAGGCGCUGUGCCCGACCUUCGGAUGCUAUCAGUUGAAUUCCGAUCCAUCGCAAUGUCACAAGCUCGCCUCAUGGGCGUGUCGGAAGAGUGGAUAGCCCAGGUGUCCCGUGUGAACACAAGCCACCAUCAGUUGUUCAUGGUGACGAAGAGGACGUUUGAGCGCAAGGAUAAGGAGGGAGACGAGGCGCUGCUCGAAGGUGACAUACUGCUUACGUUGAAUGGCAAGCUCAUCACGCGCAUCUCGGAGCUGGAUAUCAUGUAUUCAAACAACUUCCUAGACGCCGUCAUUGUCCGCGACUGCGAGGAGAUCCAACUCAAGCUGCCGACAGUGGCCGCAGAUGACGUCGAGACGGACCGCGCAGUGUCAUUCUGCGGCGCCAUCCUCCACAGGCCACAUCACGCUGUCCGGCAGCAGAUCAGCAAGCUCUUCAGCGAGGUAUAUGUUUCUGCCCGCACGCGUGGAUCGCCAGCAUACCAGUAUGGACUGGCACCGACAAACUUCAUCACACACGUGAACAACAAACCCACGCCAGAUCUCGAGUCGUUCAUUGGGGCUGUGGUGGAUAUCCCAGACAACACCUAUUUCCGACUUAGAGCCGUCACUUUUGACAGCGUGCCAUGGGUUAUUACCAUGAAGAAGAACGAGCAUUAUUUCCCCACGGUAGAGUGGAUCAAAGACCCAUCCGUAGAGUGUGGCUGGCGCCGUCUCACUUACGAGGCGGGCAAGAAGAUUGAGGGCGAGGGCCAGGAAGGCGUCCCCUCCGUCACAGACGAUACAGGCGAGCCUGAUGAUAUUGCGGCCAUCUGA